AUGUCCGAUGACAAGUCUCGUUAUGGAGCCGUGAAUACAACACUUGGUCCAUCGGAUUCCGAAUCCAUCACUUCAGAGCCAAGUGUCAAACAUAAGGCACCAUGGUGGUCAUAUAUUUGGGACUACGACCCAAACAGAACACACGUAGAGCGAAAGUUCCUUCAAAAACUCGACCUCUCUCUAUUGACCAUUCUAUCUCUUGGAUACUUCAUCAAGAAUUUGGACCAGACAAACAUCAGCAAUGCCUAUGUUAGUGGAAUGAAGGAGGACCUUCAAAUGAACGCCAAUGAAAUAAACCUCAUUGACAUCGCGUGGACGACCGGCUAUGUUGUUGGCCAACUCCCAUCUCAACUCAUCCUUACGAAAGUAAGACCAUCAAUUUGGAUACCGUCCUGCGAACUAGUUUGGACGAUACUUACAUUUUGUCUGGCGGCGGCUUCGACUUCAAAGCAUGUCAUCGUAAUACGUUUCUUCGUCGGUCUCGUCGAAAGCAUAUUCUACCCUGCAGCUCAUUUCCUCAUUGGAUCCUGGUAUAAACCUAAUGAGCUCGGAAAGCGAGCUGGUCUCUUUCAUGCAUCGUCUGCUGCAGCGGGCAUGUUCUCGGGGUAUCUGCAGGCGGCGGUAUAUAAGGGAUUGAACGGCACAGGUGGUAAGGCAGGAUGGCAGUGGCUGUUCAUCAUGGAUGGGAUUAUUAGUGCUCCCAUUUGUCUCGCAGGCUUCUUUCUGAUUCCAGACUUACCUGAAAACACCAGAGCAUUCUACUUGACCAAGGACGAUGCAGGCUUGGCGAGGGAAAGGAUGGAUGAUGUUGGACGUGCGCCGAGAAAAAAGUUGGGGUGGUCGAUUUUGAAAAGAGUUUUUACCAGGUGGCACGUCUGGGCUCUGACUAUUCUUUACAUUAUAUUUAUCAAUAUUGGGCCUUCGUCUAGUAUUUCACCACUAGCACUUUGGUUGAAAGCCAAUAAGUGGCCUAUUACCAAAAUCAACGUCAUCCCAACAGGCCAAAGCGCCGUACAGCUCGUAUGUACUGUUGGCUUCGCUAUCCUCAGUGACUUCCUCCGCAACCGUCCCAUCUUCUUCGGCUUCCUCUCCAACCUGUUCCUAGCAAUCUGGAAUGUCCCCAAAGGUCUAAAAUGGUUCUCCUACUUCGCCGCCCGCAUCGCCGUUCCCUACGGUCCGCUCUCCAUGUCUUGGGCCAACGAAAUCUGCGGCAACGAUGCCGAGGAACGCGCGCUGGUGUUGGGGAUCAUGAAUGCGGCUGGAUAUGCGUUUCAUACGUGGUUACCACUGUUGACGUACCCAGCGAAACAGGCGCCGCGGUUCAAAAGGGGCUUUAUCUUUUCGACGUGUGCAUUUGUUGCGCAGUUCGGUAUUACGGGGUUGGUUUGGUGGCUGCAGAGGUGGGAGGGGAGGAGGAAGAAGGAGAAGGGGAGGGAGAGUGAGAGAGAGAGUCUGGGUGGGGGUGGUGGAGAGGGAGAUGGCCACUGA